AUGCCUUUAGAAGCAGUGGACGCUUUGUCUGAUGAUGACAAAGCUCGUGUACCUGCUCCUGAUCCCCCAAUCCCAGAGCCAGAGAAAUCCAGCCCAAGCACUUCCAAGGGAAGAGGGAAGGGUCGAGGCAAAGGAGGUGGCGAAAGCAAACCGGAGGCGAAAGAAGUGCGAGAACCAUCUUCCAAACCAAAGGCGAAAUCAAAGGGGAAAGCGAAGGCAAAAGGCAUGCCUAAACCAACAGGGGAUUCCACAAAAGCGAAAGGUGAACCAAAGGUGAAGGCUUUGAAACGCCCAGCUGCCUCUUCCACGGCUGGCGCUCCACCCAUGAAGCGGCCGGCAACCGACCCAGAGAGGGUGUCUGCGUCCAAAGGAUUGUACAAAAAUGGUGUUUGGGGGAUCAAACUGAACCAGAAGGAAGUCAUCCGUGUAACUUGA